CGCCCUCCCUCGCACUGAACAUCCUAUACCUCUCUUUCUCACACAUACAAGGCAGCAGAGAGCACCUCAAAGCCAAGCCAUAGUUCCAGAGCAAGGCCACGGCGAGCGGCGGCGGCGGGCGGCGAAGGCGGCAUAUGCAGCACAUGCUCCCUCUGCUCAACAACAUGGAAGCUCCUCCCGGCCAGAGCAGCAAGCAGCAGCAGCUGAUGAGGACGGUGUCCAUCUCCGUGCUGGUGAUGUCGCUGCCGGUGCUCUACGUCUCCUUCCUCCACGUCCCGCCGGCCGCACUCUUCAGGGACACCACCUUCUGGUUCCUCAUGUCCAACUCCAUCAUCAUCGUCAUCGCCGCCGACUCUGGCAUGCUCUUCUUCCGCUCUUCCUCUUCCUCCUCCUCCUCCUCCUCCUCCUCAACGGACGACGAUGAUGACGGCGGCCUCUCCUUCGCCGCUGUCUCCGUCUCCGAGCCGGCGGUGACCGUCUCCGUCGUCGUCAAGGACGGCCACCACGCGCUAGGUGGCUCCGACGAGGCGGAGGCGGAGGCCAUCAAGGACCAGCAGGCUUUGGUUGUCCGGGAGCACGGAGACCUGUCGCCCAUCGCCGAGAACGACCGCGCGUACGCAUUGGUCGAGCGGGGGGACCGAGCGGCGGUGACCACGCCGGAGACCACAGACAUCAUCGUCGUAAACCCGUCCGCGACGAACGUCGACGCCGGCGCAAUCGUCGUGCCAGCGAUGACGACGAUGCCAAGGCGGCUGACGGCGAGCCGGAGCCUGGCCGAGAGGGAGGAGAGGCGGGCGACGAGACGGCGGCACCAGCGCGUCGGGCACCGUCCGUCGCACUCGCAGGCGCUCGUCCCGGUGCAGGACAAGAGCGUGGUGAUCAGCGAGGAGAAGGAGAGGCGGCACCUCCGGCGAGCCGCGACGACGGACAGGCGGCCACCGCCGCCUCCGCCGCCGUCGUCGGAGGAGGAGAUGAUCGACGAGAAGGAGAGCGAGUACUCGAGGCUGUCGGACGAGGAGCUCAACCGGCGCGUGGAGGAGUUCAUCGCCAGGUUCAACCGGGAGAUCAGGCUGCAGCUGGAGAAGGAGGAGCAAGCCGCCGCCGCCUGACGCGACGCGACUGACGCCAUGCGCACAUGCACAACAACCACUUCGAUCGAGUCCGUUCUCCGUUCCAUGGCGCGCCGCCGCCAUGUCCGGCCGCCAGUCGUUUGUAUAGCAGAGCACUCCAUGUCAUGUCAUGUCCGGCCGCCAUGUCUGGCUGCUAGGAUCUUGCAGAUCAUCAUCUCUUUUCCAUGUGUGUGUAGCAGAGCACUCCAAGAUGAUCGAUCUUGUAGUUGUAGCAGAGAAGAUGAUGAGUAGUGAGGAUUUUUGAUUUUGUAAGAAGGCGCGCACGCGCGCGUGGGAAUAAACUAAGGAUUAGACAAGAUAUGCAGAGCAAGAGACAGAGAUGGAGAGUUUAUAUUUGAAAAUAAUCAAGUUUGAUUAUAAAACUUGAUUUAUAAUCAUAUUGGCUAUUGAGUUA